CACGGCGCUGGCUAUAAUAUUGUGAUUUGUUGUGAUUCAGAUCUUAUAAAGCCACCUUCAUAACGAGGUAUUCUACCUCCAACUAGCUCUGCUGGAUGGAUAUAUUAUGGCGAUUCAAGCCAGAAAUCAAUUGUGGGCUACCGGGCAUGAUGAAACCGUAGAGGUCAACCAGAGAGCCUUGAUUGACAAAGUGCUUGCUCGGUAUUCUGGAGAAUUUACUGUGUUUCGGGAACUGCUCCAAAACUCGGAUGACGCCCAGUCAAAAGAGGUCGAGAUCAGGUUUGAGACGAGAGGGUUUUUGGAGGAUAAAGUGGAAGAAGAAAGUCCUGCGCCGACCAGACUCCCGAAUCUUAAGUCCGCUCUAGUGCACCAAUGGACGUUCAAGAAUGAUGGGAUAACAUUUAGGGAAGAAGAUUGGAAUCGACUCAAGAAAAUAGCCGAAGGGAAUCCUGAUGAAGAGAAAAUUGGUGCAUUCGGUGUCGGAUUUUACAGCUUGUUUUCGGUCACCGAGGAACCAUUUGUGACUUCAGGAGGGGAAUGGAUGGGAUUUCAUUGGAAGAGAGAUCAACUCCUAGCGCGUAGAGGAAAACUUCUCGACACAGCCGAACCCUCGAAAUGGACUUCUUUCGAAAUGUCACUUCGAGAGGAUACGCCUAUCCCUGCAGCCUUUGAUUUCACUCGAUUUCUCGCAUCUUCUAUCACGUUCAUGAACCAUCUCUCUACGAUAUCAGUGUACUUUGACGACAAGAGACUCACGAGGUUGACAAAAUCUACUGGAAUACCGAAAGAGUUGGGAUUGCCGAAAACGUUGAAUGUUUUGAACAAAUCCAAGAUGAUGACGUUGGACAAGCUCAAAUCUACAUCAUUGCUUAUUCAAGCGGAUGUGAUGCGAUGGGUUUACACCUCAGGUUCAGAAAAGGCGCCUGCGCCUUCUGCUAUCAAACCUGUAAAGCCUCCUGCUCCAGGUGGAUUCUUUGCCUCUCUCUUUUCUGGAUUGACUAGCACGUCUACCACACCUCACCCUCCUGUCACGACUGUAGAAACUCCAAAGCCUAUCGAUCCCCUCAAAACUGACACAACAAGUGUCUCGUUGACGGUAUUCUCUGCCGAUGCGGACGUUAAAGUAGAUCAAAAGCUUGCUGCUGAGUUACAUAGAUCCACUAAGAAGAGUGUCCCGAAGAAGAUUAAAUAUGAGUUAAUAUAUACCGGGAUGGAUGAAUAUAAAGCCAGCAAAGCUGAGGAUGAGCAACAAACUUUCGCGACAUCUGGUAGCAUUUUUCAGGGAUUGCGCGCAGACCUCGAUGGAAUGGGUUCAGCCCGAAUUUUUAUCGGACACGCAACGUCUCAAACUACUGGAAUCGGAGGGCACAUGAGCGCUCGUUUUUUGCCCACUGUCGAGAGAGAGAGUCUUGACCUAAUGGAUCGAAAUGUUGCCAUUUGGAACAAGGAAUUACUUUCCAUUGGUGGGACUGUCUCGCGCGCUGUAUACGAGCUCGAAAUGGACAACAUCAAGCACAUGUCUGAUUCCGCCGGACCGGCGAAAUCUCUUGAAUUGCAAACUUGGCUAAUGGAUCGUGCUGUCCAUGUUCUCAAAUUUUUCACAUUCCACCAAUCCACACCAUCCGCUGAUGUUUCUAGCCUGAUGGAACAGGCAUUUUUUGCCUGUUCAACGGGAUUUAGGAUUAUCUCUACCAACGGAAUACAGGAUGUUGCUGAUAUACGACUACCUGAUGCACAGUUUUCUUCUUUCCUCAAAGAUCUUCCUGUGUUGCCCGAGCAACUUUUGACCGCUGCCCGUCCAAUGGUGACUGCUCUGCAGAAUCGCAAAUUAGUCAAAGCCAUCACUUUCAGCGAUGUGUUGAAAGAGUUGCGCAAUAGACCGUUAACGGAGGAUGAAUCCGUUGCUUGUCUAACUUGGUGGAUUAGCCUUAAUAAAGAUGGGGAGAGUGCUGCACGCCUUCAGUCCAUACAAAAACAACUUCUUGAUGCUGCUGUAUUUACCACGGGUGCUACGGGAAGCAAGGAAGAGAGAAUCAUACCACUGAACACCAUUCAUACCAUUCUCAACCCUCGAAACAUGGCUGGGAAUAUACCCCCGGAUGCUCCGUUUCCGCCUACCAUGCUUCCUCCUUCCUUCAGCAAGUCUUUCAAGCCAGAUCAACUCACAUUUGCAUUUCACUGGACUGAGCUCACGCUAGUGGAAUGGCUCAGAUUCAUUGCCACCUCUGGACCUUCCCCCGAAUAUGAUCUUUCAGUCUCCGAUCAUUGGUCCGAACGAGUCCUCGGCAUUCUUGCACGCGCUUGGCCUUCUCUUUCUAGUCACAUGAAGGAUGAGAUAGUGCAAGUCUUGAAAUCCAGCGCUUGCAUUCCCACGUCUCACGGAUCCAAAAUCCCAGAAGAAACUUACUUCGCGAAUGCCGAUAUUUUCCAUGAUUUACCUGUAGUUAAGCUUCCCUCAGGCUCGGCAGUGAAGGGAAACCUUGAGCGUGUCUUAAUUGCACUAGGUGUGCGCAAGCAUGUUGAACUACAGAUCAUUUUCACUAGGAUGAUCAAGACAAAUGAGUGGACCAUAUCGGACCUUAUAAAGUACCUUGUAUCAGUGAAAGACUCGCUGUCCGCCGAGGAAAAAGCAAGACUCAAGCUAACUAACGCCUUUUCUGCGGAGUCUCCGCCUGGCACAGAAAAAAGCAACAAACGGUAUCGGGCUGAACAACUCUUCGAGCCCUCUCCCAUAUUUACACAACUGGAACUCCCUAUCAUCGACUGGGGUACGAAAUUCAAAUGGCGUAGUUCAUCUGAAGAAGCCAGGUUCCUGUUUGAUUUAGGACUUCAAAGAUAUCCUUCUCUUUCGACCCUCGUUGACCUCUGCGCCAGUUCCAAACCUCAGAUCCGCGUUGUGGCGUUUAAGUAUCUGCUGGACAAUAUCAGCACAAAAUAUCAGGACUACGAUAGUCAAGAUUUUUAUUCCGUGAAGUUCAUUCCAGCCACCAAGAACGGCUCACCCUAUCUGGGUUCACCAGGAGAGGUACUAUCUGGCCAAGAAUGGGAGGUCCUGGGCUUACCCGUUCUUGCUAAUGCGGCUCUCGGCGUAGGUCCAAAGUUGGGACUUAGAGAACACCCUACAAGCGCUUUUAUUGUGUCUUUUCUCGAAGAAACCCCGCCCCGAGAUAUACCCCAAGCGACGGUCAUGUUUAAUCUCAUGUCCAACCGCAUAUCAGAUCUCUCUUCUUCACAAUUGCAAAAACUCUCGCAACUUUCGAUCGUUCCGACAAGGCAAAAGAAGGAUAAUGGCAUCCAGAUAAUCAAUAUACGGCCAAGUCAAUGCUUUUUCGGUCACGAAGGAAAGGACGGAUUCCAUUCGAAAUUGUUUGUUUUCAUCGAUUUUGGAGCAAGUGCAAACUCGUUUCUCAGCGCUUGUGGGGCAAAACGGGAACCGAGUGUGGAGGAAAUUACUUUGAUGCUUCUGGCGGAUGCACACAACUUUUACCAAUUGGCGGGCGGCCCGAAUAGUUUUCUUGAUGAAAUUCGCAAUAUUGCGGUCAACAGUCGCCUGCUUUCCAAUGGUACCCUUGCACGACUCAAAAAGGCUCCAGUAUUAUUGGCCCUCCAACGCCGUGUAUCAGUAGAAGAGACCUCGAAAAAGGUGGUCGACGGAGAUGAAGACUGGGAGACUCAGUAUGAUUUGAAGAGGCCGGAUCAGAUAGUGAUUGCUGACGACUCAAACUCUCUUCAAUUGUUCGGCGACAAGUUGUUUGUGGCACCCCAGGAAGAUAUAUUAGAAGCCUUCUACAUUCUGCUAGGUUCUAAACGGCUUAGCGCUCUGGUGCAAGAAAACUACGAAGUAACCAACGAGAUUAAUAAUUCCCCCCAAGCCGCUAAACUUCAAGCGCAUAUCUUGGAACGUCUGCCUCUAUUCUUGCAUGAACAUACUCAUGCCAGAACGAAGACUUCGUUUACUUGGCUGAGCUCCAGUAACAAUUUUAUCGUUAGAUCAUUCGGUAAAAUAUCUGUAGUCAAAUCUCUCAAGUUUGGUUCUGUCAACCUGUCGAAGCGACAGGCUGCAUCCGUUGUUGGACCAAAAUCCAGUAGAGGCCCUCUCCAAAUUUGGUUGGCCAAUGACGUGGAAACAGACAUGUAUGAGGUCGCUACAUCUUUCAAUCGACUUUUCUUCGAAACUCCUAAAGCGAAUGAUGCCUUGCUGUUCAUGACAAUCCUUUCAACUGAUUUACAGGCUCUCAAACGUCGAGGAUAUAAUGUUGAACGUAUCGAGCGAAAAUAUCGCGAACAAAGGGCAGAGCAAAGGAAAGCUGCUGAAGAGCGCCAAGCAGUUGAAGACGGGAAGGUGAAAUCAUUGAUGUCGAAACCUCCUACACGGGUAUCAACACCAACGCCAGUACCCGGAACUCCGCUUCCUGGUGCAUUCCAUGAAAUGCCUCAGAACACUGACAUUCCCAUUGAACAUAAUCCUGUCCCUCCUUCAUUAGGCGAAAAAGGAUUAAACUCAAUGGGGAGACCUAAUACAAUGUUGAACCCAUUUCAUAAGUUCAGUCGAAAGUUGGGCUUCAGAGGGACAGAGGAUAGCCUUGAUAGUUCCCCCGGUCCCUCAGUUCCGCGAAAUCCUAUCCAAGGUGCUACACCCCUAGGAAAUAUAACCGCCAACAUUGAUAUGGCGAUAAAAGCUUGUCGGCCUGAGUCUGGUGACCUACUGCGGAAUCGCGAACAGAUGCAGCAGGUGAAAGAGUCAUUGAAUGAGGGGUAUUGCGACAUUUCUGGGCGUGCGGAGGAUCUACAGCACGCCGGAACAGUGGGCGCACUCAAAGUGUAUUUGUCCGCAGAAGUCCCAAACAAGCAGACCUUCUUGACGGAUAAAAGUGCCCCGUUACAAAGGUUCUUGGGCAUCGUGACAUCUCUCGCACGAAUCUAUAGCCUUCCACUCACUAGCCUACAUAUUUUCUACGACCUCACAGGACCAUUAAUUGCUUUCAAUCGAAAUGCUAGCAUUUUUCUGAACCUUCGGUUCUACGAAGCCUGGCAUGACUCUGAAGUCGCUGGUGGAGACUUCAGCACGGCCCUUGUAUCUUGGUACUUCACACUGGCACAUGAAAUAGCUCACAACCUUGUGCAACCGCAUAACUCUGAACAUGAGUUUUACUUCGCAGCCAUUUGUGAAAGGCAUGUUUUGCAGCUUGGUUUGGAGGCAUCGAAGAGUUGAUGUACAGUAUAGUAUUUAUGGCAAGGGUUGUUCAAUUGUUUGUAUCAUUUGCUUUUUUUUCGAAUGGAUGAAUAAAUAUAUCC